AAUAUUUCAUUAUGGCUCCAAAGUUUUUGUCUCAAUCGAGAUUUACAGUUUUGAUUGCUACACUUUUGAUAGUGAUCAGCCUCUCUUCAGCAACACUACUAAAAAAUCAAAGAAGGACUCUUCCAAAUUUCCAUAAAGUGACAGAUAAUGGAUCUGUGAUUCACAAUAAGUUAAGUAACAGUGCUUUCUUUUUGGGUCAAACUCAAGCCCCUACACAAGCUCCUCAGGCUCCAACGAACACUUCUCAAGCUCCACGCCAAAAUCUACAAACUUCUGCAGGAUCUGCUCAACCUCAACCAAAAACCCAAAGCUCUCAGAGUGCUCAGCCCUCUGCUCCAGCACCAAGACCUGUGAAAUCAGAUGAUGAAUUCAGAAAGGUUGAUAGCUAUCAGCAAUACUUGAUCAACCUGAUCAAGCCAACCUAUUUAAAAGAAUUUGAGACUCCUUUCAAAAACAUUACUGCAGUUGGAAGCGACCACGUCUACGAUCUUAUUGACUACUAUGAUGACAGGAUUCUCCUCAUUGACUUUUACACAAGAAAGGGCAACCAUGAGGAUGUUGUCAGUGACCUAAAGACUCUCAUUGGGGAUAACAAGAAGUGAUAUGACCAGAUUCUCUACAUCGAUUGCAAUGCAGACCUUAGAUAUGAGUUCUACAAUAUCCUAUAUGACCUUAACCUGCUGACCCAGCCUCUUAACUACUUCCCUAACUUCUUAGUCCUUAAGAAGGGACAAGGCGAUAUGAUCAGAGGUGAUGAUUCUGCCCAAUUGAUUUACGAAAAAGUAUUAAGCAUGCUAGAGUAAAUUAUUCA